CUAUUAAAAAUGUAGAAUUAUCAGAUGCAAAAGAUGGGAAAUAAUAUAUCUCGGAUAUCCUAAGGUUUAAAGAUUUUUCAGAAGUCUGCAAUUUUCUUCAGUGGUAGAUGAUUUCUGUUCCAGGAUGGAAAAGAUUCCUUUGCAGAAUGUUUUUGUUUUCAAAUUCUGUAUUUGAUUCUUAUAGAACAGUACAUGACAGUGGAAAAAAUUACAAGCAUAAGCAAAGAUAAAACAGCAGAAUUUUUACAUUGAUUCUAAAAUUCACAAUAAAAAUUAAUAAUUAUGCAUUUCUUCAUUCAUAAACAUUAUUUGACUGUUACUUACAAAAAGAAACAGGGUCACCGGUUUUUUCCAUAUCUCCAAGACACGCGGCAACAAUGAUACCAAUCACAAUUAACGCCAUACAGGUUGACCUACAGCCUCGGCGAUGCGGUAAUUUAUCUGGGUAAUGUACUUGACCAUCUAGGGUCUCACGAGUGACUCUGUGACUUGGCAUUGAAGGGCACGGUAUUAUGUAUAAUAUACAGUACAAAAUUUACAGAUGUUUGCAUGUUUCACCAAACAACCUAACAUGAACUGAUUUCCCUUAUUACCAAGUGUCAACGUCACAACUUUAUGGAAUCACCACGGACCACUUCACCCACGUUUUGAGCACACUUGCUGCCUUACGACCUUAUAUGCGCAACAUCCCUUGGACCUCGGACAACGCCACCGAAGACCCACACGUUGUGGUGUUGGUGGUACUGGUGGGCCCAGCGGCCACAGCAGCCUUGCGCCCCGCGCUGGCCAAUUGCUCCAGGCGCGCACCGCGUUGCAUAGCCGAUUCCUCUGCCCAUUGGAUCGUUCGGCGCUCAGACGAUUCAGCCGGCAAUGCUUCAGACGGAUGACAACAAAAGAGACAGGCUAAGUGUUCCGAAUAUCGAAGAUAAGUUGAAUUCUGCUGUGUUGAAGUGGUAAAGUAACGUUACAUUAAGGUGGUGAAAGCUUCAAGGAAUAUGAAGAGAAGAAAUGCCGAAUGUGGCAAGCUCCGGAGGCCGUUAAAGCGAAACAAAAUCACCGAAGGAAUUUACGGAAGCACCUUACUCUACUUGAAAUUUCUCAUAUUAUGGGCGUUUGUGUUGCUAGCUGACUUCAUUCUGGAAUUCCGUUUUGAAUUCCUUUGGCCAUUUUGGCUACUUCUUCGAAGUGUUUACGAUUCUUUUAAGUAUCAAGGCUUGGCCUUUUCUGUAUUUUUUAUUUGUAUAGCAUUAACAUCCGAUAUGAUCUGCUUCUUUUUUAUUCCUGUACAUUGGCUGUUUUUUGCAGCCAGUACAUAUGUAUGGGUGCAGUAUGUAUGGCACACAGAAAAAGGCAUUUGCCUUCCCACUGUCAUCUUGUGGCUACUGUUCGUGUACAUAGAAGCUGCAGUUCGGCUAAGGGAUCUUCGUCAUAUGCCCUUCCAUUUAGAUCUCUGCAGGCCAUUCGCUGCGCACUGCAUUGGUUAUCCAGUAGUAACAUUGGGAUUCGGCUUCAAAAGCUACAUAGGAUACAGAAUGCGUCAGCGCAAGCAGAAAGAUGUAGCGAAAGAGAACGAGUUUUACAUGCAGUUACUGCAACAAGCGCUACCUUUGGAGCAGCAACAGCCACAGCAGCAGCCACAGACCUGCCACAACACAAGCCCAGAAAAGAGUAGAGGAGGUGUUUCAACAAACGACUCUGCAACAUCCAACGGUGCUGCAGUGCAUAGUGGUGCAACCACACAGCAGUCAUCAGUGACUAAAAAUAACCACAGAAAGUCUCUCGAUAAAGGGGAACGUGAGAAAUGUACCCCAGCAGAGACAGACUCAAAGAGUUCCUCAGAGAAAGCUGCCAAAUAUGCGCACAGCAAUGGCAGCAUCCACACAGAGUUGGAGUUUAUCGAGAGGGUUGGGCGGAAGGUGCAAGACGCACUUUUGGCAGUGGUGGUGAAGCCCAAGGCUUCGAGCGGCCACACGCACAGUGGAGGUGGGGCCAACCACACAAACGCCACAGCCGGACCAACAGUCACGGCAAAUGGGCGGGCCACUCCGGCUCCUAAUUCAGUUCCCACCAGCGGUCGGCGCGGUGGGGGCUCUGUCAACGACUUCGACAUCAAUGAGGUCGAGAAGGACAAGAGCUCGAAGGGCAGUGUGGCUCCUUUGGGCCACUCCAAGGGCAAUGCUGGUGCAGGAGCCCCCAGCGGCAAGCUAGAGGCCGACGUGAAGCGCCUGAAGGUGGAUCUGCAGGCGUCGCGACAAGUGGAGCAGGACCUGCGCUCGCAGAUCAGCUCUCUACUCUCUGGGGAGAAGAGCGUCAAGUGCGAACUCUCCCAGCUGCAGCAGGACAAUGAUGAGCUGCAAUCCAAGCUGCACGGCCUGGUGACGGCUCGGCAGCUGGACAAACAGGCCAUCACACAGCUGGAGCGCCGCCUUCAAGAUGAGCGACGCAUCCGCAGCAGCUGUGAGGCGCAGCUUGCAGCUGAGCGCAAAGCCAAGAAGGCUGAGGAGGCUGCUGCAGCACGUGCUGUUGCCAUGGCGCAAGCUGCGACUAAGCAGGAGUGUACAGAGAGCUGUAGAGCGCGAAGGCGCGAGCUGGAGGCCGAAGGCAAGCAGCUGCGACGUGAGCUGAAGAUAAAGGAUGAGCGAGUCCUUGCAGCAGAGCGUGAAAUACAGACUCUGCGGCAGUACAAAGAGAGCCACAAUGACUCUGAGAUACUUAUGUCUGCUCUGUCAGCCAUGCAAGACAAGAACGCCCAUCUGGAAAACAGCCUCAGCGCCGAGACACGCAUUAAGUUGGAUCUCUUCUCUGCUCUGGGAGAAGCAAAGCGGCAGCUUGAAAUCCGAGAGAGCAUCAUCCGUGCACAAGAGAAGGAGAUAGAAGAACUGAAAUCGAAGAUCGCGCAGGUUCUAGCUGUGAUGCCAACAGACGUUGCGUUUGGCCCAUCACCCACAGGGAACUCUGGGAUGUCCAAGCUGCGGCUGGCAGACACAUCCGCACAGUGUUUGCCCUGUCCAGGCUGCACCGUCUCCACCCUUGACCCCAACGCCACCGCAUACACCCCUAAGGGCAGCCUUGUCGCCUCAACUGAGGCCUGAGCUGGCCACCCAGGUGCGACAUGUCGCACACCCGGAGUCCGAAAACAUUUUUUUAUUGCUGCCGUUACUUUACCACACUGCUGCUGCCAAAAAAAUUAAGUUUGUUUCUGACUUCGAUAAAGCUUUUCACUAGAAAGGAGAAAAAACUUGUUUAUAAUUUGAAAAUGUCACCAAACUACUUAGCUUUUUUUGCCUGUCUUCUGAAAUUUUUUCAACAACAGAAGGAAUAUGUUUUCAGUUGGAAUGUAUAUUACUUCCAAAAUUUGCCCCUAAGUGCAGAAAGUUUUCCUUUUUGUUAUUUUUUAGUACUUUGCUAUUUUGUUUCUGUUUCAUAAAAGUGUUCUUUUGGAAAGGUUAAUUAAGUGAUCCCUUUGAUAAGAUAUUUUAAAGGUGGAGAAUAAUUUUCAGUUUGAUCUUUUCUUUUAUAUGUUCCUGUUUUGUUUUUUUUGGUUUUUUUUAUAUAUAUUUAAGUGUUUGCAAAUUAGGCAUUUGCAUUUAAAGCUUUAUUUUGAUUAUUUAUCUGUGCUUUCUUUUGUGAUUGUGUAGAACAGCAGUGAGGUCAUAAAUCUGUCUCAAUUUUUAUGAUUUUAUUAUGGUUCAAACCAUUUUUUUGAAUUAUUCUUCUUUCUCUGUUGUUCUUGUUCAUUUCUUAUUGCUUCUUCUUCAGAAUUUUUUUAAUUCAUACUUUGGGUUCUUUAUGUUCCAUUCUCAUUAUGACCCUAUUUUCAUUUACAUUAGGUAACUUAAAUAUAAUUAAUUAUACCUCUUCUUUUCUGUGAUUGCAGAUUAUUUUCCUCAUUUGAAUUUGUUUUAGUUAUCUUACUAUUCAACAUUUUUCUCACACAAUAUUUAUUUAAUUUACAAAAGUAUAGCAAAUGAGAAGAUGACUGAUGUUAUUCGUGUUACAUGAAUAGAAUAUUAUGUUAGCAAAAGUUUUUAGUUAGAAUGCUUUAGGUAGCAAGACAUUGAAAUUUAAUCUUUGGGGUGAUCAUUUAUGUGCUUAUUAAUUUCUGUCUCUUAAUAGAACAUUCUUGAAUUUCUUCCUUUCUCCUGACAUUACUUAGGUAUUCAACAUGUGAAUUUCAUUUCUUUUAUUAACUUUUUUCGUUUUGAAGAGGAACAGAUAUAAUCACUUAUUAGGGGUGGCAUUUUCAGGUAUUAAUGAGGUUUUUAUAUUGACAGGCUUGUUAACUGUUAACAUAGCUUUUAAUUUAUUGAGAUUGACUGGAGAUAAAUAAGCAUCUCAGAUUGUAAUGUGUUCAUUACAAGCAAAUUGUACCUCUAUUGUGCAUCUGAUGGCACGCAAAGAGCUGAUUAAUUGACUUGCCCCUACCUGUUGACAUGUGGCAGGAGGCUGUUAAGCUCUUUGAGAGACCACGAACAGUGUGUUCUCAUAGCCUCCACAUUUGUUAGUAAACAUAAAGACAUGUCAAAAGAUUUUUUGUUUUUAACUUCUUCACUUAUCUCGACAUUCUUUUUGUUUUGACAUGGUGGCAGCAGUGUGCUGAUAACAUGUAGCAAUUUCCGACCGAUUCGUAAUUCACUGCAAGUAUUUUGCUGACAUACUAGUCGAAGAUGAUUUAUGUGUUUUUUGCGUGUAGGCAUUUUUACUAGUGUUCCAGAUCUUUGUCUUUAUUAUGUUUAUUUUUAUUUUUAGUUACUUUUAAUUCGCAUGUGCCGGAAUUAGAUCUGUUUGUGAAAUCAAGUACAAAAGCACGAUAUGUUAGAUGAGAGGGAAGAUUUGGAAGUACCUUCUUGUGAUAAAACACUGGCAAAUGAUUAUCAGUAAAUGAAUAAUUAUUUGCCAUUGUUUCACAAAAAGAAUAUUCCAGUGAUAUGAGUGGCAUCAGAGGCAAAUUGACUGAUUCAAGCAAAUAUUUAUUUACUAAGUAGUUUACUGAUUAGGCAUGGACACAAGACUCAAAAAUUUCUACUUGUACUAGUUGUAGUACACAUACUGUUUAUACUUAUCCACCCCUAGAACUCUCUGUACUGAUCCUACUGAACUACUACUAUUUCUUCCAAAUACUGUUACUGACACUACAAAACUACUGCAACAGCUACUACUACUUUCACUACUACUGCAACAACUACUAUCACUUCUACUUCUACUACUUUUUCUACAGCUUACUAUGACUUCAUUCUGCUGCUGCUGCUGCUACUACUAUUACUACGCAUGUUAAUUAUUUUUGUAAUAUGAUGGUGUACCUCGUAAGAUCUUGUAUUGGACAGUUACAGAUGUCCACAAAAGAUAAUUUAUUUUUUUAUAUCUUUAGUUGCUUUUAGCUACACAGAAUUCCAAGAAUAGAUUUUGUUUAAAAAGUGUAGAGGUGAUUACGGAGUUAGAACAAUUCUGGCCUAGUCAUGUCAUGUAUUUUUCCCUUUGAGCGAACCCUCUUUUUUGAGGGUUUGACUAUCUUGUUUUAUCCAGUACUGCAAAAAAAUUAUGCAAAAAUAGGUUUGAAACUUAAUCAUCUCUCCAUAUUCUUUUCAUUCUGCUUUUCUUUUGUGAACUUGAAGUUGCUUAGUGCUGAAUAUUACAAUGUAUGUUGGGAGUAGAGAAUGGUUUAUUUGGAGAAGUGUGAUUUCUUGUUUUUUGUUUGUUUUUUUUUUUUUUUUUACUUCUUUAUUAAUCAUUUAUGAAAUGUGAUGGAAAAGCAAGAAAGGAGACACAUUAGUGAUCUCUAUUUCAUUAAAGAAUCUCACCUCUCAUUUCUGAACUUUGCAAACCUAUUUUUGGAUGAAACUACAAUCCUAGGAAAGUGUAUUUCCCACCCUUAUUUAUUCCAUGGCCCCAGUAAGAGGCUGUUGUUCUUCAGUUUAUGUGAUCAUGUCAGAAAUGAAGAAAAUCAAUGUAGUGAUGUUCUUUUAGAUCUUUUUAUUGCAUUCAUUUGUAUUUUGUCAAAGGGUUGACAAUGUACAGCAAUUUUUUUUGUGAAAUGUGUAUGUUUGUUUAGUUAUAGUUUGUAUGUAAAUAUUAAGUAUUUGAAAUGUCUUUUAAGUUCAGCAAAGAGCACAAAGGUACUGUUUAAAACUUGAGUUACUUGAGUAUUUAUUUUGUCUGAUGUUCCCACCCACCCCUUAAAACAAGAUAUGCAUUUAGGCCAAGGAGCUUUUCUCCUUGGCCCUUAUGGAAAACGUACUUAAUAUGAGUUUUUUUGACUGUUAAGUUGUAGGCCAUGUCUGUGAUGCGAGGAAGCACAAGGUAUGUUAUUGUGUAGAAACUUGUCUAGCAUGUGUUACUUUAUUUCGCUGUAUUAACUGCAGUUUUUGAAAUUUUUUACUAAAAACCUGAACCAAAGUUUAGUUGCAAGUGUUAGAAAGCAGAAUUUCGUCAAGUGUUUUCUAAUUUCAUGGUUGUAAAAGUCAAUUUUCCCCUCACGGUUACUUUUUGGUAUGUUCAAACAUUAAUUGUAUUUGUUGCCAUUAAAAAACUGUGUGUGUUCUAAAUUCAAUUACUUCAUGACCAGAAUUUUCUAAACACCUAAGAAAACAUGCACACAACUUUCUACACAAUUGCUUAGGUCAUGGACUUCCAGGAAAGGAUGUUUUUGAUUAUGUAUCUGUGGUGACUUUUGAUCUCAAAGCAGAUGCACGAUUUGCUGAUCAGCUUGUGCUUUGUGCCUCUACUGGGCCAUGUGAGGUAUUGUUGAAACUCUAAAGACUGUUUGAAACUUAAGUUGUGACAAGCCAGAUUGAUUGAGAAGAAAACGUGUAGUCGUUUUGUUUGAAAUUAAGAAACAGCUCAUUGGAUUGUUCAGCAUAUGGUUUAGUUUUGGCUACCGUUUGCAAGUUCAGUUGUGUGAGUGACAAUGUAUUUGGCUUAGUGCUUCGAGUUCAACUGCAAAUUCACUUUACAAAGUGAGACCUUUAUAUUUAUAUUUGGACAUUUAAAAGCCAUGAAUGGUGUAUUGUUUCUUAGUACAAAUGUAUUUUUUCCUUUGCAUUGCCUGUCCUUUUGGAGUGGUUCAAUCAUUGGAACAGAAUGGUCGAAUGCAAGAGGUACAUUUAUUGUAAGAGAGAGACCCAUUGUUGUGGGAAGCCUUUCAGUCUUAAUUUCAUUCAAACAGGUUUUAUCUGGAAUCUUAAUGCAGUUAGUAGUUCAUUGUGUUGUUUUUUUAUUAUUAUUUUUUAUCUGACUGCUUUCUUAAAUUCUGUAGUUGAUGUUAGUAUAUUAUUGUGUUCUUUGCCUAUUGUUUCCAAAUGUUCAGAUGUUUGGCAACGUUUUUAACAGAAAUGAACUCAAGAUAGGGCAUUGUCCUGAAUGUAACUAUCAUGUAAUAUUAAAUUUGAUACUGACAGGAUAAAACAAUUGCGCAAUAUCGGGCAUGCCAUGGUCACGAAAGUUUCUUUACACAACUUCUACCGCAUUUUAUACUCUUUGCAUAUGGCCCGUUACGCAGUGGUGCCAUAUAGGGUUAAUUGUGUAAGAAACACUCGUGAUAAUGGCUGUGAUUUGAACAAUCUGUGUGAAAUAUACUUAUUUUGAUGUUUGGAGAUAUUCUGCUCUCUAUGUGUCAAGUAAAAGUGAAAAUAAAACAAAAAAAUGGGACCACGAGUACCCAAAAAUUGCAACAAUAAAAAGUAGUUUUAUUUUAUGAUCCACUUAUGGUUUUGUUUUUAGACAGAUACGAAGGUGAGCUUAGGUCUUCGCUAUUUGAAGUAUCA